GCAUCACUAGGUAGACACAGCGGAUAACCUUGACCAGCUCGUCCCUCUGUUUUACAGUUUAGAUGCACAAUGAAGCUUCCGUUUAUUUCGGACGUCUCGUUUGCUACGGUAAUGUUUGUAGUGGUGGUUUAUCUUUGUGAGGCCCAAAGUCAUCACCUGCAGUCAGCCUCCUCAUCCAGACUUUCUCCAAGCAGCCGGUUCUCAAGAACGUUCAAUGACCGGCGUCAGUCUGUACGCUCCAUACCAGUCAGGAGCAGGAGUAGGUCGCGGUCAUCCCCCACUCGGCAAAUAUCAGGACAGAGCUCCUCCCGUCAAAGUAACAUGCCCCAAAACAAUCAGGGCAGCUCCUCAGGUCAAGGACAACAGAUCAGCAGCAUUAAUAACCUUAGCAACGCUAUACUCCUGUCGGCCUUACUGGGGAUGGAUAUGCCUCGUGAACAGAGGAUGUCAAAUCAAAGACUGAUUAUGUCACAUCUUCUAGGAAUAAAUGCACCACAAUCGCAGAAUCAGUCACCAUUUUCAGGUGUUAGAUCUUCCUCAAGCUCCGUAAUGGCUCCUUCUAGUUCUAACGAAAGAGGAUCGUUCAGUCCCGCGUUUGGAAAUCCGUCGUCCAGCAAUUUUGCAAACUCGCUUCCAGGUCAUAACCUUAUUCUACAGACACCUGGUCAGCAACAUGGCCAGCCUCUUGUCAUAGAAGCUGGCGGUCAGAUACAGGUACAGGAAAUAAAGAAACCAGGAGGACAGACACAGGUGGUGAUAAACACUAGUCAGAACAGUUCACCGAGCCUUCGCGCCACCACCAGCAAAGCGAGUACCGUGCCAUCACUGCCAACAGUAAACCCGUACCUGUUGUCAGGGGAGGACCCACCAGAGAAGGAGAAAUCACCGCUGCAUGAUAUUCAGGAGUUAACAAAAUUACUGAAGGAUUUGGGAAUUAACCUGCCAAAGACAGGGACCGUCGGUAGAUGAUCCGGGAGAUUUCCAAUUUAUAGAAUAAACUUUUUAAAAAUCGACCAAUAGAUUCUUCUAUCGACUUCCUCUGUUCAUAAAAGAAAACGGAAUACUGUAUACCAGGGAAUAUUCGCCGUUGUUUGAUUUUCGCCUUUUUCGCCCUCUCCAACAAGGGCUAAUGUAUCAUGACAGCAAAGUGUAGUACGCAUCAUAUAAUAUAUAGUUGUUACAUGCUACGG